AUGUCUAAAAUCCCAAGAAACUUCAAAUUGUUGGAGGAAUUAGAAAAAGGUGAGAAAGGUCUAGGUGCCGAGUCGAUUUCAUACGGCUUGACAAAUCAAGAUGACAUAACAAUGACAUAUUGGAAUGGAACUAUUAUUGGCCCACCUCACUCUAACCACGAAAAUAGAAUAUACUCAUUGAAUAUCAUAUGUGAUGAGAAUUACCCAGAUAAACCACCAAAAGUCCAAUUCAUUAGCAAGAUCAAUUUACCUUGUGUCGAUUCUAGCGGUAACGUCAUUGUGUCUGAAUUCGACACUUUAAAGAACUGGAAAAGGUCAUACACGAUGGAGACUGUUUUGUUAGAGUUGAGAAAGAACAUGGCUUCUCCAAAUAACAAGAAAUUACCACAACCAAGCGAGGGAUCAACUUACUAG